AUGCCUACAGCCCGACCGCGCAACUCCGUGCGGACGUCGCCGUUUUCGGCGCUCGAUGUGCUAACGGAAAGAGCUCGCUUAGAACACUCCACAGCAACUGAGUUUGCUGAAUUUGACCACGACGCGAAAUUUGCCGAGCUUGAGAGAAAGUUUGCCGAGCAAGAUGCUCUGAACGCCGCGAAUAAGGAAAAGGAGCGGCGCAUCGGCCGACUGCAGCUGAUGGGAGAUGCGAAUUACGAGGUGGCGAGGAAGGGCCACCAACUUCUGCUCCGGGCUGCCCGAUACCCCAAGGCCCACAUCUCAGAGUCUGACAAGGAGACGGCGCGUGUUUCAGAGAUCAAGGGCUAUGUUGGCGAGAUAGUGAAUGCCUCCAACGCCACUGUCACACACAAACUGAUGGAUUUCUUGGCCUCAUUCUCCACCGGAGGGAAGCUCUUUGUUCCGGAUACACACGAGACAAUAGCCAAGAAGUUGGAACUGCUCAACAAGGUGGGCAAUGGAAGCUAA